GUGAAUAGUUUUUGUGGUUUGCAAUAAAGUUAUAUGCUUAUUGAAAAUGGGCAAAAAACGUAAAUUCAAUCGUUUUAUCAAAUGGAUUAAAAGUGACUUACCCGAAGAAAAAACAUCAGUACUAUUGUUAGGCGUAACAAAAAUAUCCUCACCAGUAUUACAACGACGCUAUCCGAAUAAGCAGAAUCAAAAAAAUCGUCAUACCUUACAUUUCCCAGCAACAUCAACAACAGAAUUUAAUGGCAUUGAAGAUCAACAAAACGGUCAACAAUCAACCGUAACAAUAACCGAUGUACUAACAGAAAACUCACAAAACGUGGACAAACAAUUAAAACCACAAACAUCUCCAGUAAAAUCGUUAUCAUUUUCGAAUACCAAAGAGAAUACUUCACCACAAUUAGCAAUUAAAUCCUCAUCAUUUUCUAUACAACAACAACGUAAAAAUAAUAAUCGUAAACGUGUAUCGUUUAGUAACGAUUUAAUACGAUCACGAGAUAUUGCACGAUUUAAUCGGGAUAUUAAAAAAUUGGAAAAUAGUGAAAUUAAUCAUCAUUUUAUUGAAAUUCCUGUAGGAUAUUAUAAUAAUUAUACUGCAGAGGAUGAUGAUACUUGUCAAGAGGCUUGUUGUACGAACUAUACUCCUCGAGGACGUCGACGAAGUUCAGUUGAUGUGAAUCAAUUUGAUGAGAUUUUAGAUGAAAUUAGUAAUGAUUUAAAUAUACGACCAAUAACAUCACGUCGAAAUAGUUCAACGGAUUCAUAUCGAAAAAUUUCAAUUGAUAGUGAUCCAGUUCGAAAACAUUCAUCAACUUCAGCACCACAAGAAAUAUUACUCGAACAAACCGAAGAUGAAGAAAUUGAUUUAGUUGAUGAAAAUUUUAAUAGAAAAAUUAAUGAAAAAUUUUAUUCAGAGAAUGAUAUUUAUGAUAAAUUAUCUCCAAAAAUUGCGCAGCCACGUAAAUUAUCUGCUCCAAUAACAUCAUCGGUGUAUCACACCGAUGAUUAUGUAAAUGAUUUUUUAAACGAGAUAAUCGAUGAAUUGAAUAUCGGUCCAAAAUUACGAUCACGAUCACAAUCGAUUAUAACUGAAACUACAACACCUGAUAAAUCUUCUGGUGAAGCAACUUCACAAGCAAUUGAUUCAUCAAGCUAUAAUGGUUUGGUAUCUUCAUCUAUAACUUCUGAAGAAGACACAUCUUCUACAAUAUCGUCUAGUUCGGUACCAAUACUGACUACGUCCUCUAACUCUACAGUUGCUAUUACACCACCACCUAUUGAUGUAAGUGAAGAAGUAAAUUUGGAAGAUCAACAAGUUAUUAUGGAUCGAUCUGUGGAUUCGAUUGGCAGUUGCUCAUUAGAUGUUGAUUUAUCAACAGAUUUUUCAGAUUCAUCACGUGGUUCAAUAUCCGAUUGUACAUUACGUAGCGUUAGUAUAUUAACACCACUAUCGAAUGGUAUAAGUAGUAUUAAACAACAACAAUCGAAAUCAAACGAUCAAGAAACAAAACAACAUAUAGAACACGAUAGUAGCAACGAUCCUAUUAUUAAAAUCACCGAUACAACGACAACUUCAACAGUUGAUCAAGAAAUACAAGACAAUUCAUCAACACAUACAAAAAAACCAUCGUAUUUAAAUUUAGCAUGUUGUGUAAAUGGUUAUAGUAAUUUAACAACAUACGAUUCUAAAUUACGUGAAACAUAUCGUACAGGUACAUCACGGUCUCGUGAAGUAUCACCAAAUCGUCCAUUAGAUAAUAAUGUGUGUGGUUACAAUAACUAUCAGAUGACAAAAGGAGGUGACGAUCAACCACUAUCAACAUAUUUAACACCAGAUUCAGCAAAACAUCAACAAAGAUCAUCAACAUUAUCACCAAAUCAUCAACGUACUGCAACAUCAACGAUGAACAAAUUAAAAAUGGCUGAUGAAUAUCAUAAAAUUAAUGGAUCCGCAACAAAUGGUGAUAGUACACAAACGAACAUAACGACGGCAACCAGAAAAUCAACAUACUUUGCAUCAACAACCACACAUCAACAAACAACCACAACAUCUUACUUGAGUAAAGAGAAUCGAUCAUUUGCAUCUAGUAUGUUAUUUAAUAAAACAUCAACAGAUGUCACAGAUGAUGCAAACUGUAUGAAUAAGGAGAAUCAUUUCACUUAUAAAAAUGAGAAUGGUUUAAUUAAUAAAUAUAUAUCAAAGUCAAUGAUCAAUACACAUAAUGGUAGUGGUAAUAAGAGUAAUGGUGGAGGACCGCCACGUGAAUAUAAUUCCGAUAUAUCAAUAAACGAGUCACGUAUUAAAAUAUCACCAUCGAAAUCAUUUAUACAACAACGUGUAGAACGUUUAUACGGACCUGGUGCAUUGGCACAAGGCUUUUUCAUUCAAACAAAACGUCAUAAUUGUAGUACAAGUCCAUUAAAAUAUGAAAAAUAUUAUGAUGAAGAUGUCAAUUGUAACGAACAGCAAAUUUACACAAGUGAUAGUACACCAUCGUUGCCUGUUUUACGACAUUUACGUCCAGAAUUUCGUGCACAGUUACCAAUUUUAUCACCAAAACGUAGUAUAAACAAUGAAAAUGGUGGCUUACAGAAAAGUACAACAAUACCAAUUGCAUUAAAAGAUAAUUUACCACCUGGUACAACAUCUACAACGACUAAUUUAUCCCCAAAUCGUGUAAUACGUUCAGCUGAAAGUUUAAAUGAUAGCAAUGAUAUACAAUCAAAUGAUAGUUUUGAAAGUAUCAAAGAACUAAAAAAUACAAAAGCAUCAGAAAAUUUAAUACGAGAAAACUUAAAUGAAAGUAUUACAGAAUAUUUACCAGCUGCGCCACAAGUGAUAUUACCAGUUGUGGCUACAAAUGGUUCAACGAAUAGUGAUACUUUAAUUAUCAAAAAUGGCGGUGAUUGUGUUAAAAAUGGUGAAAAGGAAUUAAAAAUUUUAUUGCAUAAUGAAAAUGCUGACGACGAUAGUGCAUCGGUUAUUGAUGAACAAAAUAAAGAUGGACAUUAUUUUUUGAAAAUAUUAAAAAAUGAGACUGAACGUUUAAAUCAUUUAGCUGAGCAAGUUGAACGUGAAUUAGAAGAGAAAAUGUCUGAAUUGCCAGAAGAUGCACUUGGAUAUUUACGUUCUGCAUCGGGCAAAGCACGAUUAUUAGUUAAUCAAAAAAUGCAACAAUUUGAAGGAUUAUGUCAUAAAAAUAUUAACCAAAUUGAAGGUGAACCAUUCCCAACAACUGCUGAAGAUUUACAAGGAUUUUGGGAUAUGGUUAUGUUACAAAUCAAUCAAGUGAAUGACUUAUUUAAAGAUUUAGAUGAAUUACGUGAAAAUAAUUGGAUAGUUGAGAUAAAACCGAAAAAAUCAUCGGAUUUAACAAAAACACGUUCAAAAUUGGCAACAAAAAAAGCAACACCAACUGUACAAUCGGCACCGACAACAGCAAAUGGUGAAGUGCAACGAAUGAAACGUGAAGCACAACGUAAACUAAUGUUAGAACAACGACGUGCUGCCAUCAUGGCUAAGAAAAAAUCUAAUAAUAAUGAUCAUCAAAAUGUUGAAAUAUUUGUCCCUGAAUCAUCAACUGCAACAUUGAAUAGCUGAAACUUAUAAAAUUAAUUAAUAAUAUCUCUAAUA